AUACUACGCGGUGACACUUUAUCUGUCUUCCUCAAUCCACCGGCUCCCGUUCAACCCCUCAUCACCUAUGUCAAGAUCAUCUUCUUGACCCGUCGUGGCAGCCAGUCAUCUUCCUCGAAAUCUCCACUCCUCCCCCCAUAGAAGGCGGAUUGGCGGCUCUACUUUUCCUCUUUCCACAUUAUCAGUCAAACCCACUCCUCCUCCUCCUCCCUCAAUUUCUGCUGCAACUCGACUCACUAAGACCCUGAUUAACCCCCACCUUAAAUCCCCAACCCCCUGCCCCAUUUCGAUUUCCCAAAAUUCUUCCGCUGUUGUUCCUCCGUCGAUUAAUAUUUCUGGGUCUGAUUGUUAUUCUCGUGUUGUAUUCCCAUGAGUUCUGCCCUACUGGGCACGCUUGCAGCUGCUGCAGGCUUCGUCGCCGUUUCCCUAUUAGUCGGCCUCCUCUACCUUCUCUGCAACUGCAAGGAAAGCAGGACGCGACUCCCUCAAUCUCGCAUCCGGAUCCCCAAAACCCGACCCGAACCGACUCGGUAUCCUCAUAUACCCUCGAUCGCGGUCGACGAGAGCGCGUCGUACGACCCCUCGCUCGAGAUUUCCAUGGCGGAGCUCGUCCGAGCCACCAAGAACUUCGCCUCUGACGGCAUCGUCGGCGACGGCAGCUUUGGCCUCGUCUACAAGGCCCGCCUUUGCAGCGGCGUCACCGUGGCUGUCAAGAAGCUCAGCAAGGACGCGUUUCAGGGAUUUCGGGAAUUCCGGGCCGAAAUGGAUACUCUCGGGAAACUGCGCCACCAGAACAUCGUCAAAAUUCUGGGGUACUGUUCCUGUGGCGCCGAUAGGGUUCUGGUAUAUGAGUUCUUGGAGAAGGGCAGCCUGGACCAGUGGCUGCACGACACGUCGGUUGCCGACGGCGCGUCAUCGGAGGCGGUGCCGCCGUUGAGCUGGGAGACGAGAACGAAGAUCGUCAGAGGAGUCGCAAAUGGGCUGAAAUAUUUGCACGAGCUGCAGGCCCCCAUCAUUCACAGGGACAUAAAGGCCAGCAACGUGUUGUUGGACUCUGAAUUUGAGGCCCAUAUUGCAGAUUUUGGGCUGGCACGGAUGGUGGACGCUUCCCAUUCGCACGUGUCGACCCAGGUCGCCGGAACAAUGGGUUACAUGCCGCCGGAGUACAAGGAGGGGGUGACGGCCGCGACGGUGAAGGCUGAUGUUUACAGUUUCGGGAUUUUGAUGAUCGAAGUGGCGACGGGGCGGCGGCCGAACUGGCCCAUCAAGAUGGAGGAAGGAGUGGAAGUGGGCUUGGUCCAGUGGGCCAGGAAGAUGGUGGCCCAGAACAGGGAGAUGGAGAUGCUGGAUUGCAGUGUGAGAAGGGAUGGGUUGAGAGAAACAGCGGUUGUGGAGUUCUUCAAAAUUGCUUGUUUGUGUAGCAGUGAGAUGUUCAAAGAAAGGCCAAUCAUGAGUGAUGUGGUUAAUUUGUUGGAUCAAGUUUGAACAUGAAAUUGCACUUCUUUGUAAAAAGCUUAGUAAGUUGGUUCAUCCCAUUAUGCACUGUCUUUAUUUUUAAA